AUGAAAAGGAGGGGCAAAAGCAUUUCUCCUACUGAACGCUAUGCAUCGUUUACAGGAAACACUAUACCGGCGACGCUUCCGUCGACACUGACAGUAUCGGACAAUGCUUCAUCCCACACCUUCUCAGCGUCAUCAUCCGAAGCGUUGGUAUCAGCAGAAGAGCAAUCGAAGAAUGUGGACUUAUCAUCGGAAUCUAUUCCCAGCGAUGAUAUUCUUCAUGUUGAUAGCACUACUACUGAUGAUAGUAAGGCUUCAUGGAAUAACGUACUCUUUCGAGGUCAAGCUGAAUCAGCGGCUGCGCAAGAGACUACCGGAUCUGUUGAUGAUGGUACUGCUAUUCUUGAGACAUCAACACUGGGAAGUACGAGUGAUAAGGCGCCAGUCACACAAGAUGAAGAUACCGUCGACGGUGCAGAAGUGAAUGAACCAUUACCAGCACAAGAAGAUAUAGAUGCUAGUGCAGCAGUAAAAUCGACUGCCGAGUACAAAGGAAGUGAUGAGGAAGAAUCGCCGCAGGGUCUGGAAGCUGAGCUUGCAUUAUUGCAACUAAAGCAGGAGGAGAAUACACAAAAUCGCGAAUUGGCUUCUCAACAAGGGGACAACCAAGCCAGGGUUAACAAUGAUAAUGGUGAACAUCACGAGGAAGCAGCAAGUCGGACGGAAAAUUUAUCAGCAGAAGACGAUGAGGGUAUAAGACAACCCACGGCUGGCGCUCUGCACACAUUUCAGGAAGGUUGGUUUCAUAUCGUUUAUUACGCAGUUAUUUAUCAAAAGGAAUUUUUCCAGGAUGUUUAA